AUGUCUAUUGUAGGAGUUGUUGCUUGUAGAUGUCGUACUCGUAGGUGUCAUAAGUGUCAUCGUCAUGUUCCUGAUAUUGAGCCAACAAUUACUUACAGAGAUCAUACAGCAGCCAUAAAUUCAGGUGGUCAUUGCUUCAGAACAGUAAAAUGUUAUUCGACUAGUAUAGAUUCUACACUUCGUGUAUGGAACCUGCCACCACCAAAACGAGACACUUACGGACCUAUUG